AUGAAGGCUCCUGACGAAGAAACAGCCCAGUUUGAAACUUUCCGGGACUGUCUUUCGGCGGCCGUCGUCGAACGCGUGACGAAACCCGCACCGAAACCAAAACGCCGCUCUAAAAAGACCAACGCAGCGUCCAAGUCUAGCAGCAACGAUGAGAAGGGGACUGCCCCUGUCGACGCCGCCGUGGACGCCGACGACAUGGUCGAAUUCGCCUCCUACCUCGCCUCCGAGGCUUUCGACUCCUUCCCCGCGGACCUCAAAUCCCUCUCCCAUGCCGCCUACGUCGCUGACCCGUCCCUGCGGUCCCGCUACGCCCUGCCCCUCACCGGCGCCGACGUCGCCGAUAUCCUGCCCUCACUGUCCCCGGACGUCGCCGACUCACUCGUCGCGUACGGCAUCGUCGACCCGGACCGGCAGGGCGCGCACGAGUUCCUGGCGCCCGUGCUGGGCGAGUACGUGGCGGCGCUCACGGCCGCGCCGCCGCCGCCGAGGUCGACGAGGGACCGCGUCGAGGGCUGUGAGCUGUGCGGCCGCGACUGGAUUGCUCUGACGUACCACCAUCUCAUUCCGCGCAUGGUCCACGACAAGGUUGUGAAGCGCGGCUGGCACCGAGAGGAUGAGCUCAACAACGCUGCCUGGCUGUGUCGUCUGUGCCAUUCCUUUGUGCAUCGGUUCGCCGGCCACGAGGACCUGGCGCGCCAUUAUUACACCGUCGAGCUCCUGCUGGAGCAAGAAGAGGUUGUCCGGUUUGCCCAGUAUGCCAGUCGAGUGAGGUGGAAAGGAAGGUAA